AUGGCUCCAAAGCCGGUGUUACAGCCCCUGGAGCUUCCAAGGAACAUGUCCUUUCCUUCUGAGCUCCGUGAGCAAUCUACCAUAUACCUCGAUACCAAACCAAAGGAAAGGGAUGCUGAGAAUCAAGAAAACACUGUCACCAUCACUCCACCACCGGCAUACACAGAGUUUCUUGAGACCUUCAGUCCCAUAUUCGCGAGCUCUACUACGUCUCGCGCGAGUUUUGCGAAGUACAUGCUCGACAAGCCUCGCCGAUCUCCCACCUCGGUGCCAUCCAGCACUACCUCGUCUUCUUUCUCCAAAGGGAGCACACCGAAGCACUCUCCCUCGAAGCCACAUUUUCCACUGUCUCCUGCAGCCUCGUGGUCCCCAAAGGAGGCUCCAGUGACAGCCCCAGCGGCCAAACGGCUACGACUCCCCCCUCCAUAUCUCUACUCCCCAACAACAUCAACAGCAACUACAGACUCUCCUCGGUCCGCACAUCUCCUCCGCUCCCCCUUCUCUCCUCAAGAAUGGAAACUCAGGCACUUCGAGUCCCCCAUGAGCGAGGGUGUACCACAAGUCUGUGUACGACAGAUCGUCACAACGACAAUCACGUACAAACACGCACACGCGCCUCAACUGGAUCCCCCACCACCAGGUAAACGCAGACAGAACCCUGAUCGUCGAUGA